GUUUUGUUUCACAACUUAUUUUAUCAAUAAAAAUUUUCCCCUUCGACCCAAAAAAAAAAAAAAAAAAACAAAAUCCCACGCGAAAGCCAAAGUACCUAGCAUACCGAUCCUUCCCACCAUUUCUUUGAUUGGCGAUGUUUAGCGGGCUCGGGAUCGGGGCCUCUGUCGCUUCUUACCUCGGUGAGAAAGGGAGAAGAGAGGAUUGUGAGAAAAACCUAAGCGAUUGUAAGGAAAAACUAAGCGAUUGUGAGAACAGAAAUAGUUACUUGCAACUUGAGAAGCAAAGGUGUGAGAUAGAAAAGGCAAAUUGUAAAGAGAGAGUGAAAAGAUUGGAAUCUGCAAAGGAAAAAAGCAAUGUGUUUCUGCUAAAACUCUCGAUAUCGCUCCGUUUGGUGAAGGAGACAUUGAUUAGGAUCACCUAUGACUUUGCUGAUAAAGAAAAGGUUGAAAUUUAUACAAAAGAGAAAGAUGAGUUGGGUGUAGAAUUGGAAUUGGAAGAAGAAUUAAAGGCGUUUUCAAAGGAGUUAAUGGCGGUCACAAACAUUAUGAAAGUGGCUGAAUUAAAAGUGUAUGAAUAUAAAGAAUCAAGGAAGAAGGAAAAGAUCAAAUUGGAGAACAGUGUGGUGAGUUUGACAGAAGAGAAGAAAAAUAUAAAUAGUUUGCUUAAGAUUACUUUGGUGGAGAUGGAGGCUGCAGAGAAGAGCUUGAGUAGGUUUAAUGAGAACAUCGAGCAGAAAAGGGCGGCCAUUUUGCAGAUUGUGGAAAGUGGGUUGCAGAGCGUUGGGUUUGGGAGUGGUGAGAAUUCAUUGGAGAGUUCAGGAACUAAGGUGGAUACUUCUGCUGAUAGUAGUGAGCGUGAAGAGGAGGUUGUAAGCCUGGCAUCAACCGUGGAGAGGAUAAUGAAGAAUUUAAAUCUUAAAAUCACUCAAUUGAGGAGAUCUUUGGAAGAAUCUAGGUCAAAUAAUGAGCACCUACAGAGUCUUACAAAGAAACAAGCUCAAGAUAUUGUUGAAAACAUGCUAUAUAUCAAGGAGUUGGAAAAUAGAGAGAGGAUGUUGGCUCAAAAUGUUGAGGGACUCAUGGUGAAAAUAAAAGAAGCUGAAGCAGAGGUCGUUAGAUGGAGGGAAGCUUGUGAAUUAGAAAUUGAAUCUGGGAAACAUGAGAUUGAACAACGUGACACAGUGGUUGCCAUUCUCACCCAAGAACUAAAGAAAACAAAGACUGAUUUGGACAUAUCAAAUCGCAAAUUAAAUCAAAACGAAGAACUUGCAGCUGCUGCCCAGGCAACAGCAGAGAAGUCCCUGCAACUGGCUGACAGCACAGCUGCAAGACUCCACGAGCGGGUAGAAGAGCUGUCAAAACAAUUAGAAGAAGCAGAGAGCCGAUACCGGAACAGAUACAAGCUCAGAAACAUAUGUUGGCCAUGGCGAACACUCAAACUGAGUACUGCUACUAUGAACAAUAUAGUGAAGAAUGUAAAAAGGAUGCUGUCAAGAUGCAAGAAGGAUGCUGUCAAACUAAAUUCUGCUACUAUGAACAAUAAAGUGAAGAAUGUAAGAAGGAUGCUGUCAAACCGCAAGCCUUGGAAAGCACUCAAACUGAAUACUGCUACUAUGAACAAUAGAGUGAAGAAUGUAAAAAGGAUGCUGUCAAGAUGCAAGAAGGAUGCUGUCAAACUAAAUUCUGCUACUAUGAACAAUAAAGUGAAGAAUGUAAGAAGGAUGCUGUCAAACCGCAAGCCUUGGAGAGCACUCAAACUGAAUACUGCUACUAUGAACAAUAGAGUGAAGAAUGUAAAAAGGAUGCUGUCAAACUAAAUUCUGCUACUAUGAACAAUAAAGUGAAGAAUGUAAGAAGGAUGCUGUCAAACCGCAAGCCUUGGAGAGCACUCAAACUGAAUACUGCUACUAUGAACAAUAGAGUGAAGAAUGUAAAAAGGAUGCUGUCAAACUAAAUUCUGCUACUAUGAACAAUAAAGUGAAGAAUGUAAGAAGGAUGCUGUCAAACCGCAAGCCUUGGAGAGCACUCAAACUGAAUACUGCUACUAUAAACAAUAGGGUGAAGAAUGUAAAAAGGAUGCUGUCAAAAUGCAAGAAGGAUGCUGUCAAACUGAGUACUGCUACUAUGAACAAUACAAUGAAGAAUGUAAGAAGGAUGCUGUCAAAAUGCAAGACUUGCUCCAUUAAUGUCUG